GACCUCAUCACACGCGUAACUGGCGUAUCACCCACACCCAGGACACCCAACCGCCCGGCUUGCCUCGUCUCCGACCGGCAGGUAUGCUCUGCCUGUGGCUGGCCCGGGUCGAGAGGGUUGCGCACUACGGCGAUUGGAAGCGAUCCUGGGACCCCUACCUCGUGCAGAUGCCGGGUUUUGGUUUCCAUCUGGUGGAGGGGCGACGGAGGGUUGCAGAGAGGCUGAAGAGACGGGCGGAGUCGAGCCCAUGCCGAAGCCCGCAGCGAGUUGCAACGUCGUACUCAAUGCAGAACAGGCGAGGACCUAGCUGGUGAUCCGGCGGAUGGGUGUUGGCCUCCUGGUCCUGGUGUACCGGUAUGGGGGGGCUACUGUUAAUAGGACAGAAAUGCUCCUCGUAACCCCCUACCUCCCGUUCGAUUUCCGCCCGCGACUUUGACUGCUUAUCCAAUCUUACGUCCAACUCCGUCCGACUCCGUCCAGCCCAUAUCUUGGUUGUCUGUCCCGAGCUCCGUCCCUACCUGACAGAUCAUCAUCCCACAUCUGGGCAUCACCUGAGAUCGCACCGUUCCGGCCCACAGCUUCAAGUUCAUCGCCGGGUGGGACCAGCAAAAAUGCCCCCACCGCCGACGAACUGGACACAUGCAGACUGAAUUGACAGCUACAACCGUAUGAGCGCGCAGAAUGGCUUCAAAUAAUGCAGAUCAGAACCCCCGCAGACCGAGCGACCCGGACGACCAGAAGGUCCGGGUCCAUUCCGGGACCACGGGCGCCAAGAUGGUAGCCCGAGGAGGCGCCUCUUCUCUUCUCCAAGGAGGAGGAGCAGGAGGAGGAGGAGGAGGAGGACCAGGCUCCGCCAGCGACUCGUUCGCGAACAACAGCCCCCCCAGCACCCACUUCACCAACUUCACCCCCAGCACGCCCAACACCGCCAGCACCACGCACGACGACCGGAGACACCUGAUCAACCGCGACGACUUCUCGGGCCUGCAGGUCGUCGAGCCGGGCCUCGAGGUGCCCCACAACAGCCUGCCCGAGGCCCUGCCCCCCUCGGACCCGGAGGCCCAGUACGUCGAGUACAAGGGGUGGGGCUCGCAGCCGCCCGAGGCCGUGGUGCUCCCCGGCGGCGGCUGGCCGCUGCCCGAGGCCGUCUCCCCCGGCGGCGACAACCCCUACACGCCCAUCAGCAAGCCCUACAGCAAGGCCAGCAGCGCGACGUACGCCGGCGGGCAUAACCCCUUCGAGGCGGAGAAGCAGCAGCAGCAGCAGCAGCAGCAGCAGGGCGGCCGGGACAGGAAGAUAUGUGGCCUGCGGAGGGUGGUGUUCUGGUGCGUGCUGGCCGUGGUUGUGUUUGUGAUCGUUGCUGGUGUCGCGGUUGGGGUUGGCGUGGGCUUGGGGACGAGGAGUGAUAGUAGUAGUUCGAGCACAAGCUCAAGCUCAACAUCAACAAGCGACAUCAGCAGCAUCCCGUCAGCAACGGCCACCGCCUCCGCAACACCAUCAUCGCUCAUCCAGUGCCCCUACGCCAACAGGACCGUCUACAGCCUCGAGUCCCAGCAGGACAAGGACUUCCUCGUGCUGUGCGGGCGCGACUACAACAGCUGCUGCGGCGCCGCCGACAUGCUCACCAUCAACGCCACCACCUUCGAGGGCUGCCUGGAGCGCUGCGGCGGCCAGGACGGGUGCGUGGCCGUCGGGUGGGGCAACUACUACGGCGUCGACACGUGCUGGCUCAAGAGCGCGUACGGCGAGCCCAACUGGAGCGGGAACUGGUACGCCGCUGUCCUGGUUGAGUCUUGAGUCGGGGAUAGGAGGAGGUUACAAGACAUGACCUCGAGCGAGGUGGGGAGGGGAGGAGCCCCUUAACUGUUGGUGUUGACUACAGUAUCUAUGGUGAUCUGAAAAGCACCAUCAAGACCGUGCAAAUUAAACCACGGGCAUAUAUAUAUAUAUAUCACCGGCGAAACGAACGCCGUGCGGACUGUUUUAGUCCUCAAGUCGACAGAGAUGUUAGGACAUCAAGGAGCUGGACACAUUAACGGCAGGGCGGGAUAUCUGAUUUCCUUUGGAAGAGCGACAUGGAGUUCAGGAUACGGCGCAUACCAGGGGACGACCCCCCAAGACAACCACCAUGUCUCUUUUAACGGCCGGGCACUUUGGGGGAACUGUUUGGACAUGUUUUGCGAGUUUAGAUAUUGUGUAGGUUCAAUACCAACACCACUACUAUGCCGCCCGGGCACCCCAACCACCCACUUGAUAUUCUUUUCUU